GGUUUGAUUAAAUUACACAGUAUACCUGGAACUCCUCGCCAUUUGUAAGUCAAAAUGAUGGGGUGUUGACGAACUGGUCAGUCUCAGCCGUUAUGCUUGUUGAGCGUGUCCAGAUCAACUCUGUUACAUAAUGUCACGAGAUCAAGACCCGAGUUCAAGCUCCUUUCUGGUUGUGGCCAUCGACUUUGGAACAACGUUCUCCGGGUAUGCUUUUCAGUUCCGACAUGACUAUGAGUCAGACGGAAUCAGAAGCAUAUUUGCGAACACGUCUUGGGUAGCAGGCGGGGACGGCUUGAUGUCAUGGAAAACCCCGACCACCUUGCUUCUCAAUACAGACGACUCGUUCAACUCUUUUGGUUACGAGGCAGAAGAAGAAUACAAUGAUUUGAUAGAAAACGAUGAACACCAUGACUACCACUACUUCCGCCGCUUCAAGAUGAUGUUGCAUGACAAAAUGAUCAUGGAUAGGAACGUCACCAUCGAAGAUUCGGGUGGAAGAAAGUACCCCGCUCGAUCUGUCUUCCAACACUCCAUCGCCUAUCUUAAAGAUCAUUUUUUCAAAACCAUAGAAGAUCGCUCCCUGGGGUUAGAGCCUGAAGACAUCACCUGGGUCCUCACUGUGCCAGCUAUAUGGAACGAACCUGCGAAACAAUUUAUGAGAGAGGCCGCUGUUGAGGCUGGGAUACCAUCAAAGAAUCUGCAGUUAGCAUUGGAGCCUGAGGCCGCUUCGCUGUUCUGUAAAUACAUCCCCACAGAGAAACAGACGAACGAAGAUGGACAGAAUAUAAAACUGGUUCCGUUCUGUGCGGGGACUCGGUACAUGAUUCUUGAUCUCGGUGGUGGAACUGGUGACGUCACAGUCCACGAAGUCAUCGACGAGAACACAUUGAAGGAACUCAAUGUAGCUAGCGGUGGAGCGUGGGGAGGAACGAAUGUAGACAGAGCGUACAUGGAAUUGCUGAUAUCGAUAUUUGGAGAGGACGUUAUCAAGAGGUUCAAAACGGAGAGACGAACAGACAUGUUAGAGUUCCAGCGAGAUUUUGAGAUGAAAAAGAGGACCAUCAGAGACAGGAUGGGUCAAAACAUUCGGCCAGUAGUGAUCUCCAUACCAGCGUGUCUCUCAGAGUACGUGAGAGAAAUGAAAGGGUGGUCACUGGAAAACGCCAUUUCCAAUUCAGAAUACGCGGAUAAAAUAAAACUGAAACCGGGAAACAAGUUUGCCUUUGCUAGGGAAUUAAUGGAGACGCUGUUUCAGACGACAAAAGAACAGAUCGUACAACACGUCAGAGAAAUCCUGGAGAACCAAGACUCAGAGAACAGAAUAUCCGCGAUACUGAUGGUGGGAGGGUUUUCGACAUCAAAUAUCAUAGUAGACGCCAUAAAGGAGGCAUUUCCUGACCUUCGGGUUGUGGUUCCCCCAGAACCCGGUCUAGCCGUUGUUAAAGGGGCUGUGUUAUAUGGCCACGCUCCUCUGACAAUAGCGUCUAGAGUUUGCAAGUACACCUACGGCGUGGCUGUCUAUGACACUUUCAAAGAAGGCGUACAUCCGCCUGAAAAAAGAUUAGAGACCAAGACAGAAGUCUUGUGCAAAGAUAUUUUCAACAAGUUUAUUGAGGCUGGCCAAAGUGUCAGUGUUAAUAGUAGCGUGGACAAAACAUAUGACGUAACGGAACCAAACGCUCCAAUGGCUCUGAACAUAUUUGCGACCACCGAGAAAAACCCAGCCUUCACGACCGACGAAAAGUGCGAGAUGUUGGGAAGCAUAACGAUCCAACCACCAGAGGGCGGUUGGAAAAAGGAUGCGAAAAUAAAAGUCUCUAUGAAAUUUGGAGGAACAGAGUUCGAGGUCCAUGCAACUGACGAACAGUCCCCACAGACGGUUUACAGUACACAGUUCGACUUUUUAACUUUUAACUCUAGGACUCGAUCAACACUAGUAUAAGCUGCUGAGUUUUCGAAAGUCUGGGUUAUGGUUCAUUGCAAAAACCAAACGCAAUAUGUUUAAAUAAUUAAAGUAGUUAGACUAGGUAAAGAAGUUUAUUUUAUAUUAUUGAAAAUCGCAUAAUGAAUUCUUUCGUUUGUAAACUUAACCUUUACAAACGAAAGAAUUCAUUAUGCGAUUACAAUUUCGAUAUUUUUUCAAUCUUUAAAAAUUUAUUACAUGUAACACCGAAUUACCUUAUUAUCAAAAUUCAGGCACAGAGUACGUACAUGCAAGGGGGCAACAUAUGUAAUUUUUAUUUAUCAUAAAAAUUACCGGUAUCUUCAUAAUCAAAUAAUUUACUGUUAAUUUGAGUUACUUUUUCCAGCUGUAUUAUUCCAUCGUAGUACAUAUUACAUUUUAUAUUAUAUAUCAAAAGGUUUCCACUCCUCCGUCCAUAUUACUGAACUUUAAAAACCAUUGGACUCCUGAUGAGCUGAAGUUACUCAUACCCUCCCCACCCCCCA